UCAUAAAAAUACAAUUUGGGGUUAUAAUUAUUGCCAAAAAAUGCAUCUAAUUUCUUGUAAAAAAAAUGAUUUUCUUAUUACAAAAACAAUUCAAAAAAUAUCAUUAUACAGUAGUGAAACACCAAAUAAAUGUUGGCAGUGUGAUUAUCCAUACAAGUCUGAAUUAUUUUGUCAAAAAUGUAAAACACUACAAAAACCACCAGAAAAUUUAGAUUACUUUGAAAUAUUAGGUGUUAAAAAAAAUUACGACAUAGAAAGUAAAGAAUUACAUAAAAAAUAUACACAAUUACAAAAUAUACUUCAUCCAGAUCGUUUUGGAAGAAGAACAGAGAAAGAACAAGAAUACUCUGCAAAUUUAUCAUCACUAAUAUCAAAAGCAUUUGCAACUCUAAAACAUCCACUUGACAGAGGUAUAUAUUUAUUAAAAUUAAAUAAUCUCACAAUAUCUGAUACAACAAAAGAUUUGAAGCCUGAAUUUCUCAUGGAAAUAAUGGAAAAAAGUGAAGAAGUUGAAGCAGCAUCAAAUGACAAAGAUAAAAUCAUAAAAUUAAUUCAAGAAAUAACAGCUGUUUUAGAUGAACUAUCAAAAGAUAUUUCUAAUGCUUUUAAUAAUGAUGAUCUUGAAAAAGCAAAGUCAUUACUUGUUAAAAUGAAUUACUAUGCAACAUUGGAUAAAGUAUUAAAAAAAACAAAACAAGAUUUAGGCAUUGUUGAUUAAUAAUUAAAAAAAAAAAAUAUUA